GUUUUCUUCAGCGUUCAGAACUAUAAAUAAGAAAGUGAUUAGACGGAAUCAUAACCUCACUGGCAAUGGAGUUUUGGACCUGCAUCCUCUUUCUUUCGCUUCUCUUCUUCAUUUCAAGCCUUAAAUCAAAGUGGAGUACAAGUACAUCGAAGAAGCUACCUCCGGGACCAAACCCUCUACCACUCAUCGGAAAUCUCUUGGAUCUCGGCGACAAGCCUCACAAGUCACUAGCCACCAUGGCUAAGCUACACGGUCCAAUUAUAAGUUUGAAACUCGGACGAGUUACAGCCGUGGUCGUUUCUUCUUCCGCCAUGGCUAAAGAGGUCCUGCAAACCAACGACCAAUUUUUGUGCAACAGAGUUGUUCCUGAUGCGUUGACAGCUCAUAGCCACCACGAAGUCGGAUUUCCAUGGAUUCCUGUUUCUUCUCUCUGGAGAAACUAUCGCAAAAUAUGCAACAACACGUUGUUUGCCGGAAAAAUUCUGGACAUGAAUGAGAAUCUUCGUCGGAAGAAAGUGGAAGAGCUUGUGGAGAUUGUUCGGAAAAGUGCGUUGAAGGGGGAGGCGGUGGAUUUAGGGAGGUUAGUGUUCGCUACUACUUUGAAUCUACUGUCCAACACAAUAUUUUCUGUUGAUUUAGCAGACCCGAGUUCUGAAUUAGCAAAAGAAUUCAAGAAAUACGUGCGGGGAAUUUUGGAAGAAGCAGGAAAACCAAAUUUGAGUGAUUAUUUCCCUAUGUUGAGAAAGUUUGACAUUCAAGGAACGAGGAAGAGGAUGGAAAUUCAUAUGGGAAAUGUGUUGAAUCUUUUAGACUCAAUGAUUAAACAGAGGAUGAAACAACAAGAAUUGAAUCCUGAUUCUGUUUCAAACAACGAUUUGUUGCACUGUCUACUCAAGAACGAAACUGACACCAAAAUCGAUCAGAAUCAGAUGAUACAUCUACUACUUGUACUGUUCGUAGCCGGCUCAGAUACAACUUCAUCGACAUUGCAAUGGGCAAUGGCGGAGCUAUUGAGGAAUCCAGAUAAAUUAGCAAAAGCUCAAGCAGAAAUUAGGAAAUUAGUUUUGGAGAAGAGAGUGGUUGAAGAAGCAGACAUUCCAAGGUUGCCAUAUCUACAAGCGGUGGUGAAGGAAACUUUUCGAUUGCAUCCGGUAGCUCCAUUGUUGCUACCACGUAAGGCGCAACAAGAAGUGGAAAUUGCAAGUUUCACAAUCCCUAAAGAUGCUCAAGUUAUGAUAAAUACUUGGGCGAUGGGAAGGGAUCCGAGGAAUUGGGAGAAUCCGGAAUCUUUCGAACCAGAGAGGUUUUUGGGAUCGGAAAUUGACGUCAAAGGGCGGAGCUUUGAGCUCAUUCCGUUUGGAGGAGGGAGGAGGAUUUGCCCUGGAAUUCCAUUGGCGAUGAGAGUGAUGCAUUUGAUAUUGGGUUCAUUGAUAAGUUUCUUUGAUUGGAAGGUUGAAGAUGGAUUUGAGGUGAACAUGGAAGAUAAAUUUGGGAUCACCUUGGAAAUGGCUCGUCCACUUCGAGCCAUUCCUUCGCUAGUGAUUUAGAAUAGAAACAAACAUCUUGUUGCGUCACAAAUUCUUUUUCUUUUAAAUGUCAUUUUCUUUAUAUCUAUGUAGUUCACAAGAGUGGAUAUUGGAGCCUAAGAUGCAGACGCCCUCUAAAUUCGAUAUAAUAGAGAGAAAUUCUCAUUAUAUAGGGGGAAAAUGAAGAUUUAUUUAAAAAAAAUAGUUCAUAAUACUCUUUUUUUUUU